AUGGGUUUUGGGCUGGGUCUUGGGCUGAGGCUUGGGAUGAGAUGGUAUCGGAUAGUGCUUCCAACGGAUCUUCUCAAUACCCCACGGUCGGGGGCGUUUUUCGAGAGGCUAAAGACUGGUUGGCCGAUUGUUUGCCUUGAGGAAGAGUGUGAUGAUUACGUCGAGGCCGGAGUGCUCGACUUUGCGAAUAUUCCAACUACACUCCGACUAUGGCUCCGAUCUCAAGAUGGUCUCAAGAUUCAUGGUGUAUCAUUAACAAACCGAGAGACACUAGAGUCGGCAUUCAUUCUCCUUGAUAGAGGCCGUACAUUGCCCUUCAAGCAAUUCUCGGCUGAAUACCUUGCCCGCAGGGUCGGAAUGCUGUACAUCAGGAAGAUUACCCGAGCCGAAUCGCGAUGCAAGCAAGCCAAAGCCGUGCCGGGAGAACCCGGCAAAGUAGUUCGUCUCAAAUGCAGCGGUUGCCAAAUACCUGUACUAGACGAUGCUUUCCCUUUCUUUACUGCGGAUUCACCAGACAUUUACAUUACUGAGGUUGUUCAGAUUGCCCAGAAAGGCGGCAAUGGCUGUGGGCAAGAGGGUUGCAAAGGAAAGCCAGGUCUCGUCCCUGCCAACCGCGCGAUACAGGGCCAUACCCGCAUGGAAACGAGGGCUAUUGACCAGACGGCACGUCGCAAAUCAAAUUGGAAAGCUCCCUUUUGCCGCACAGGUAAGGACCUGGAGGGCUGUGCCGAGUCAGUUCGUGUACGCGGCAGAGGUUCUAUUCAAGGUGGUCAAAAAACAGAGUGUGGGCUCGAAAGGGACUACAACACGCCAGAGUGGACGCUACACUCACCUCCUCGCCUUGUCCAACCUCGACUGAAAUGUGAUUGUGAUGGGAAGACCAAGGAUCAUUACUUUGAGCCUAUGGACAAAAAGAUCCCUAUGAUGCUUAUGAAGGCCCUACGCAAAAUUCACCAAGGAUUUGUGGACGCACGCUGUGACUUGGCCAAUUAUCCCAAGCUCCCUCAAAUCAUAUUCAACCUUGAGCCAACCGGGGAACCCAAGAAAAUACCCAGGACAUACCAAGAGAGAUUCGAAGAUUUGAAAACUGCCAAAAGAGCUUUGAGUGGCUUAUAA